UGACUUUGACCAUGCAUGCUGAACAGGUCCUUCUGCUUUCAGUUCCCAGUGGGCCGUAUUCAUAGACACUUGAAGACUCGCACCACAAGCCAUGGAAGGGUUGGUGCCACAGCUGCCGUGUACAGUGCUGCAAUUCUCGAAUACCUCACUGCUGAGGUUUUGGAGUUGGCAGGUAAUGCAUCCAAGGAUCUCAAGGUAAAACGUAUCACUCCACGUCAUUUGCAGCUUGCUAUUCGUGGUGAUGAGGAAUUGGAUUCCCUUAUUAAAGCAACCAUUGCUGGUGGAGGUGUAAUUCCUCACAUCCACAAGUCUCUCAUUGGAAAGAAGGGACAGCAGAAAACUGCAUAGAGAGGAAUUUUAAACAGCCCUCUUCCUCCCUGUCAUUGUACUGUAACUGGGACAGAAGAAAUAUGGGGAUAUGUGGAAUUUUUUUAAAAAAAUAGUUAAAUGGAAGAGUAUAGACAAUUGACUGUAGACUUAAAACAUUUGUAUGUUCUUUAGAUUCAAAGUUUGACACAAAAAAGUACCUUGUUAUGUGGCAGCAAUUUGUGUGUUGAUUGGCUAGGUUUCUCCCAUGUGUUUUAUACAAAAAUGGAACUGAUAAAACCAUUUUUUACAAAA